AUGGCUCUUCAGGCUAUCACUUGGAUGAGCGCCUUCCUCUGCCUCGCACAAGUUUGCUCCAUGCCCAUGCCUUGCCACCUACAGGGACAGUUGGUGCGAACAACCCACAACCUACUGAGAGACAUGGGGGGUCAUUUUCCUCUGGAGUGCCUACAGCAGAAUGUCUUCCUGGCAUUCCCAGCCGCCGCAUUUGCAACCUCCGGCGCGCCACAAUUGAGCAGCAGUGGUGCUAAGGCUAUUUAUGAUACAUUGAAGAACAUCGACUCAUUGUUUGGAGCUGACGACCUGCCAACUAAGUGGGACCAACAGAAGUUGGAGAAUUUUCAGAAUAUUAUAUACCGCCAGAUUGAAGAGAGCAAAUGUACGUUGGGCAGUGUGGUUACAAGUGAUUAUCCCAUCAGGGCAGAGGGACUGAAGACAUACUUUGGGAAGAUUGCAGCAGUCCUAAAAGAAAAGAAUUUCAGUUACUGCGCCUGGGAAGUGGUUCGAAAAGAACUCCUGUACACCCUACAGUUCAUUCUGAAACACAACUCUGAUAGCCUUCUGUGGUCCAACAGAAGUCAUCUAACUACCCGAAGAAUGACACUUCAGACUAUCACUUGGAUGAGCGCCUUCCUCUGCCUCGCACAAGUUUGCUCCAUGCCCAUGCCUUGCCACCUACAGGGACAGCUGGUGCGAACAACCCACAACCUACUGAGAGACAUGGGGGGUCAUUUUCCUCUGGAGUGCCUGCAGCAGAAUGUCUUCAUGACAUUCCCAGCCGCCGCAUUUGCAACCUCCGGCGCGCCACAGUUGAGCAGCAGUGGUACUAAGGCUAUUUAUGAUACAUUGAAGAACAUCGACUCAUUGUUUGGAGCUGACGACCUGCCAACUAAGUGGGACCAACAGAAGUUGGAGAAUUUUCAGAAUAUUAUAUACCGCCAGAUUGAAGAGAGCAAAUGUAUGAUGGGCAGUGUGGAUACAAGUGAUUAUCCCAUCAGGGCAGAGGGACUGAAGACAUACUUUGGGAAGAUUGCAGCAGUCCUAAAAGAAAAGAAUUUCAGUUACUGCGCCUGGGAAGUGGUUCGAAAAGAACUCCUGUACACCCUACAGUUCAUUCUGAAACACAACACUGAUAGCCUUCUGUGGUCCAACAGAACAUGA